UUCGCGUCAGUCGCGUUUUAACAGCGGAAGCAAAAUGCGAAUUUUUAUCGCGUUUGAAGAUGUGCGGCUACCCUUGGAUGUGAGGUCGCGUCAAACUAUUGGUGACGUCAAAGUCGCGCUUCGAGAUCAUUUUAAGUUGAAUUCGUCACACGUGGAGGAUAAGAUACUCCAGCUAACAUACGCCGGUGCAACGCUUCAAGAUGACUGGGUUUGUUCGGAUAUUGGGAUCACUUCAGGAGCGACGGUUAAAAGUGCUUUGAGGGAAUCCGACAAACCUGUCUUAAACAUUCAUUGUGCGCAUAACGGUGAUGCCAUUUACAUACGCGAGCAAAUCGAGCCUAGCAAAACAACCGUUCAUUAUUUAAGGGAGCUGAUCGCUAGCAAGACUGGCUUACCCGUAUCCGUGUUCCGAUUAGUUGCUGCUAAUGAGAAGGAAAUGUUUGAUGGCCAUUUACUUAAAUCAUACGGAGUUGUUGUUGGUAGUUCCAUCAAACUACAUGUGUGGGACGGCUGGGCAGAUCUCUUGAUAGCGGCUUCAAACGGUCAUACUAAGAAAGUCAUCCAAAACGCUUCUCAUGAUGAACAGGUAAUGAGGUUUCAGUUCCGGGUAGCUUGCCACAUGGCAGCGCACUUUGGACACGUGGAUCUCGCCAACUCCAUGACAAACCCUAAGAUUGGGUCAGUCAAGCCGGAAGAGCCAGUGGGGUUGCAUCCUUCUAAACUGUGGUGUAAGGUGUGUGAGAGGUGUGGGGGGUGUGUGUGGGUAAGGCGGGUGUGUUCAGUGUUAUUGUUACAGCCUUCAUCGCAUGUGGACGCGUGGAAGUGUCCGGUACAUGUCGCUGUUGAGCGAGGGAAAUUGAACGUUCUCCGAAUAUUCGUUCAAAAUAAUAUUUGUUGUUUAAUAGCAAAGAAUGGAAGUGGUUUGACACCGAUACAAUCCGCUUGUAGGUACAACCAAACUGAAUGUCUAUCAUAUCUCACAUCCAAGCUAUACAGCAGUCACACCGAAAACUCGGUGACCCUUGCAGUGGUUAUCGUUAUUAAAGUUCGAAAAUGGUGUGAAAGAGCGCGGGAAAGAGUUCUUAUCGGUCAAGGGGCUUUCCCAUCGUCAUUAAAACGAAGACCAUAUAAGGCACAGGCAACUGUAGAAUCCGGAAUCCAAGUCGAUGGGUUUGGAGUUUCCAACAUGACGUCACGAAGCAAAAUACUGGAAUAUGCGUCACAAUCGCUACACUAUACGUCACAAACUUUGAACCACACGUCACAUUUAAAGCAACCAAUCACAGAGCUUAUAAGUUUAACGACAAGAAACUCAUCGAACAAUGCUUCUAUAAAAAAAGGAUUCUCACCAGAUGGCGCCAAACUACCUGGUUUAAACAAAUUAAAAUCGCCGCGGAGAAUCUACGAAGGUGACGUCACAGAAUCUAGUUCCUAUAUUCAAACGCCGAAACCGACCAAUCAGCUACCUUCAAUUGAUAAUGAAAAAAGAAUGAAAACCCGUGGUGGUAACACCCGUAGGGGCAACAUAGUGGAGGGGGGGUUGUCACUUCCAGCUGUCAGCGCUGAAAACACACUUCGACCUUUUUUCCACGUGAGUUCAAAGGUCAUAAACCCGGUGACGUCAACGUUAGAAAUAUUUGACAAAUACCGCCAUCUACCGGCGAGGGAAAAUGCAAUUCAGUGCAUGAUCGUCGCGUCGACGUUUAAGGAUAAAGUUUGGUUGCGUCAAGUUGAUCUGGCUGUGUUGCUUGCUAGAAGAAACGUGCAUACGUCAUUGCAACGUCAUAGAGACCGUUGUCGCAGCAUUCCUACUGUUGCGUCAUCGCCGAUUAAAGUACGAUGACUUUUAUUGUGACGUCACAAACUCAGUACGUCACAAUGUAACUUGUUACAUCACCAAGGAAACGAUUUCCUUCCGUGACGUUACGCUGACGUAAACUUGCAAAAGAAUUAAAAUAUUUGUUUAAUCUGUGAAAGUGAUUAUGUUUGCCAUUUAUUGUAAAGGUCGUUUACAUUAAACUGUUUGCAACGCUUGUAUUAAUAUUUUAAUCUGAUAAUGUUGCAACUUUAAAAGCAUGGCCACCGCGACCGCGUGCGCUUUUGUUUCUUUUAUUUAAUUUUAUUUUCAACAAAAACCUCGUGUCUGUGGCGUGCUCUCAAAAAGCACGUGACCCACACCUCCGCUGUGAUUGGUCGAGAAAAAUGUCCAUAAAGCGAGCGCACGAGGAGACUUGAGUUAGUUUGUGGAAAUGUCUGUGUUGUGUAGACGUGUGUUGUUCUGUUCGAUCGCUUUGGUCAGUUUUAAUGGUUUAAUAGUUUCUUAAUAUUUACAAUAAAAGCGUUAAUAUGUCAGAAUAUAUACAGACACAGUACAACGAUAACGUACCGCUUCAAUUUUAGUAUAAAGAAUAUGGCAGUACACUUAAGUGUUAGGCAAAGGUAGCUACCUUCAUAACUAGUAUUUAACGAAUUUAUUUGGUGUAUUUUUACUAAAA